CUCUCUGCCCCGUGGGGCCCGGUGUGCAAUGGCUGCCGACAGCGAGCAGCUCCUGGGUAGUGUACGCAGCCUGUGCCUUGUACGGGCUGUGAGAAGGGACCCUGGACACAGCCCUUUGUCCUGCUCGUUCCUGUCUGCUCUCACACUGGCCUCCAUCUCAGGCUCCAAACAGGCAUGCGGGGGGCCUUCGGAAAGCCCCAGGGCACGGUGGCCAGGGUCCACAUUGGCCAGGUCAUCAUGUCCAUCCGCACCAAACUGCAGAACAAGGAGCAUGUGAUUGAGGCUCUCCGCCGGGCCAAGUUCAAGUUUCUUGGUCGUCAGAAAAUCCACAUCUCCAAGAAGUGGGGUUUUACCAAGUUUAAUGCGGAUGAGUUUGAAGACAUGGUAGCGGAGAAGCGACUCAUCCCAGAUGGUUGUGGCGUCAAAUACAUCCCCAACCGUGGGCCUCUGGACAAGUGGCGGGCACUGCAUUCCUGAGAGCCUUGGAGCAGUGCCCUCCAGUCCCUGUUCCCCACCCCAGCACUCAAGCGCCCCAUCCCACCCACCACAAUAAAACCUGGUUCUUAAUC